AUGCCGGUGAAAAUACUCAGCAAUUCAGAUCUUACAUCCAAUUCGAAAUACAAAUUUCCAAUGGUCUUCACUUUUGUUUUGUUUUUCCUGUUCAUCAAUUCAGUGGUCUUAAAUGCUCUCUUAAGAGCUGUCCAGGUUGAUACCGAAGAGAGUCAUUUAAUGACACUUGACAGAUGCAUUGCUUGCAAAAAUCAGUUGAAGACACCAGUUGUGGCAGCCCAGGCAGGGAGCCCAUUGCCUAUUUCAUUGGAUCAAUUAUGGGAAUUUAGAGAAAGAAGGGGUGGGCAGGGAGUUACCCAACUCACAUUCUCCCAGCCUCAACUCCGUUGA